CAAACUCAAAUCAUCGAAUGUCGCCCAGAAGCGAACGGUGUAGAAUCUAAGUUUCGCCGAAAGUGACGACAAGAGAAAAGUACAAAAGAGAGUGUGUACGCGUUUAGGAAUCGUGGACAAAAUGGCCCGAAAACGAGCGCGAGCUUCGCUACAGCAAGGCACGGCGACGAUUUUGUUUCGGGACCAUCAUUCUCCCCACACGGAUACGGCAAUGGAAUCGUUGCCGUCUCAAGACUCGCCAAAGCAUCCGUCGGGACGCCGUGUCCGUCACUGUCGCAUUUGUGGUGUCCCACAAAAGGGUCACGCGUGCCCCUACAAAGACGAAAGACGUUCUUACGCCGUUGCCGAUGCGGACGACAGGCAUCACGAGCCCAUGUUCCGGGCCGGUUCCAAAGUUUAUAACUGUCAGUUGUGCGGUGUCCCCAAGAAAGGCCACGUCUGUCCCCAACGUCGCGAGACUAAUUCGUCCGAAUACGUGAGAUCCACGGCAGUCGGCCAUACCGUCAACGGUAACGCCAAGCCUUCCCAAAAGCGCCGUCGUCUAUCGCUGCUGGAACAACUCCCAUUUUGCGACCAGGCUUCGGAGAAGAAUGGAACAACAGUGGCUGCGGAUAUUCUGCCGCGACCGGCAAGGAUCUACCAGUGCACCCGCUGUCACGUCCCGUUGAAGGGACACGUCUGUCCGUACAAGCAUCCAUCCAUAUCGUUCCAAUCAAAACCGCCCGCAUCGUUCGCACGACCGGCAGCACGCCAGGAGUCGACGGAUUGGGAAUCAGACAGCGACGGCAAUGAGGAGAAGCUUUCCCUUGUACACCACUUGUCGAGCGCACCCAACGAUAAGCUUAGCGACGAAGCAUCACUUUCGUCGUCAUCGUCGUCCGAAAUCCUGGGUAUGCCCAUGAGUGGCAAGGGUAGUGAUGACGAUGAAUCAUUUAGCGACCGUCCCAGUCGUACAAAAACAAACUCUUUCAGAAAAUCUCCAGCCAGGUACGCCAACGGCAAAAAGGUACGGCUCUGUUUUCGUUGUGGUGUACCCAGGCGGGGCCACACGUGCCCAUACGCAAGCCACAAUCGAGAAAAGUCGCUCUACCGCAACGAAUGGACUGAGGCCAUGGCACCAGGCCACGUGUUGUACGACCAGGUCUGUGCCUAUAUCGACCGCCAAGGGCACGGGCUAGCAGACCAUGACCGAGCCUUUCUCAUCCAAUGGGCCGGCAACGUCAACAGUUCUCUGUUCGAGGAAGACAAACUUAUUUGGGAGAAUAUUGAGCUGGUCUUGGAACGGAGAAGGCAAAGCAAGGCUACACGGAAACAGCAGGAUACGCUGAUUCGCAUGCAGUCCAGUAUUCGACAUAUACAAAGCACCAUCAAGCAACUAGAAGAACGCAUAGCCAUGCAACGCCACGAAACAAAUAAACGACGGUCCGCUAGUCGAUUUCUUGACGCUUUGGAACGCAUUCAAGGAAGGAACAAAACGAGUACAGCGUAA